AUGGAUCCAUCUAUCGACACGUGCUUUGCUUUUGUCAAGACUGCGAGGCAUCGCACUGUGAUACGUGAAGAGCGACUCGACAUUCUUCGUCUGCAUGCAUGGUUCCGCAGCCAAUACACUAAAGCUGCAUCGAAACAAGUUGCGGACGCUCUUGGUCGCAACCUCAACCUCGUGCAGGAUGUUUGGCAGGAGUACCAGGCCUCACAGACUGUGACUGCUGCUACUCCUGGUAACCGCACGACACACAUAACCAAAGUGCCACGCACGAAGCUGGUAACCCAGAUAGCCCAGCAGUUUGUACGGGACCGUCGCGCAACCAGAACGCGCACAACGGCUGUCGAGGUCAUGAUGUACCUCAAGGAGAUGUGUGUCCUCGACAUCGAUGUGGAUGCCAAGAAGCAGUUCGCAGCAUCGUAUCGUGCCGUGCAACGGUUCCUCAAGGCUCAAGGGUACAAGCGAGGCCGCCGAAUGGGCUCAUCGACAUACCACAUGUCCAAGGCCAACGCCCUUGCGCGCGACACGUAUGUGAAACUCAUGCAUCCUCACUCGACGGCUGCAACACGACCCAAUGUCGUGUAUACGGACGAAUCGUAUAUAUACCAUCACUACAAGUCCCACCAUCAAGACCUGUACGACCCAUCCGACGAGACCGACGUCCAGAGCAAGGAGAAGCACAAGGGUCGGCGAUAUUUUUUCGUUGCCAGGAUACUCGAUUCCCCAACGAUGGCCAGCAAGGUCAUGGCUCUCGACAUUUUCACCCGAGGGAAGUCCCGAGGAAAGGAGCCGAAAGAUUACCACGGCAUGUUCGAUCACGCAUACUACGUCAAGUGGUUCGGUCGCCUUCUGGACGAAAUGGAUGCUAGCGGGGUUACCAAAGCCCUCAUCGUACUCGACAACGCCAGGCACCACAAAGGCCUGCCCGAGUCAACACCUACGAGUGGACGUCGCAAGUCCAUUCUGCUGGAUGCAUGUCGUUUGUACGGUAUUCAAACCACUGGCAAGGAGUUCAAGAGUGAGCUGUGGGAUAUGCUGGCAUCUCACAUUAAAGCACACAUUCACCCCGUCAUCGUGGAAAUGGCCAAGCGUCGUGGGCAUUGCGUUGUGUACACUCCUCCCCAUCAUUCGGAUCUGCAGCCGAUUGCCAUUGUGAAGGGUGAGGUUGGUCGACAAUACACGGACAUGACGAAGUUCGCGGAUGUGAAAGUUCGCCUCGAAGCUGCAUUUGCCAACCUGAAACCAAAACUCCAUCAAAGGGUGUGUACGUGUUGCACAAGAGAAGUUGAAGAAGUUGCACGAGCAUCUUGUGCAAAUCGAUACACUCGUAUCCGAUGA